AUGGAAGCCUUCCACUUGUUAUCCCGCGGAGGGGCGAAGUUUGACAAAAAGAAGUUCAAGUCAGAAGUCUCACUAUUUAAUGGCAGCAAGGGUAGAGAGCCCAAAGCCUCUUCUUCUGCCCACGCGCUGGCGGGCGAGCUCCCUCCGGAACUGGACUUCUUCAAGUACGCACAGGGCGGGAUUCCGAAGCGCAAAGCCGACGAGGUGGAGGGUGGUAUUGACCUCAAGGGCAAGAAGCGGAGAGUUGAGGGUGACGACGAAGACGAGGACGAGGUUGUCGGGAGCCGCGAUGCGCAGCAGACGGAGGACGAUCCACCCAUGCCUCGGCAUCGUGUCACGACUAAGGGAAAAGACGUGCCCGAGCAUGUGGAGACGUUUGAGGCUCUUCGCGAGCGGUUUCACCUGCCCUCGCACCUCCUGCAGAAACUCGCUCAACAUGGGUACAAAAGACCGACUGGGAUACAAUCGCAUGGCAUUCCUAUACUCAUGGAGCGUCGAGACCUUGCCGCGAUAUCUCCAACUGGUACUGGUAAAACGCUCUCGUACCUACUGCCCGUCAUGGCUGCCCUUGGUGCCCCCGCGGCGAGCUCGAAGUCAGAUGCCGGGUCAGGCGUGCGUGCAGUCAUUCUCGCGCCUACGCGCGAGUUGGCGCACCAGAUACACAACGAGUGUCUCAAGCUUGCGCAAGGCCGGAAGUGGCGCAUAGUCCUGUUCAGCAAGGCAACAGCCGCGACUCUCGCGGACAAGAAGGUGCGGGAGAAAAUUGAUAUAAUCAUCAGCACGCCCCUACGACUCGUAGCAUCUCUGCAAGCGGGGAACCUUGAGCUAGACAACGUCCGACAUCUUUUCCUUGAUGAGGCGGAUCGUAUGCUCGACACUGAAUUCUUGGAGCAAGUUCAGGAAGUCAUCGCUGCCUGCACGCAUCCCGAAAUUCAGAAAGCAGUGUUCAGUGCGACACUGCCUGCAAACGCUGAGAAGAUCGCGAUGUCCAUGCUCCGCGACCCAAUACGCGUCGUUGUCGGAUUGAAGGAUACCCCCCUUCCUCUUAUCGCCCAGUCACUCACCUACGUUGCGGACGAUCAGUCCAAACUACCCACACUUCUGCAGUAUUUGUCGCAGCCGUACAACCCCCCUGUACUCAUCUUCGUUUCCUCACAACCGCGCGCAACUUCGUUAGCGGAAGAGCUCGUGAUAGCUGGCGUCCCCAACGUCGAUUGCUUACACGCCGGUAUGACGAAGAAGGAGCGAGAAGACGCCGUAUCUCGCAUGCGGCGUGGUGAGAGCUGGGUCAUGGUCAGCACCGAGGUCAUGGCUCGCGGUAUGGAUUUCAAGGGUGUUCGGGAAGUCAUCAACUACGACUUCCCGCAGAGCGUCCAAAGCUACGUCCACAGAAUCGGUCGUACUGGGCGUGCUGGUCGCGAGGGCAAGGCCAUCACCUACUUCACGAACGAGGACGCCCCAUUCCUGAAGACGAUCGCCAACGUACUCCUACAAUCUGGAUCCACUGUUCCGGAGUGGGUCUUGAAGCUUCCCAAACCGUCGAAGAUGAAGCGGCGAGAGAUGGGCAAGAUCAAGCGAGCAGAGGCCGUGAACAAUGCAAGACGUAUCGGGCGGAGUGACGCGAUCAAAAAACGGGAAAUGAUUGCUGGAUCGAAGCGGCGAAAGGAGAAGGAGCAACAGAGAAAGGAGAAGCUAGCCGCAGCUCCACUGAGCGCAGAUGGAACGGACGGGGAGUCGUGA